AUGCCAAUACUUUUGGAUUCACUGAUAUCUUGUUCGUGGUCUUUCAUUGAAAGCGAACAGUUGUCUGCGAUAUCUUCACGAAUCGUAUUGUCAUUUCCAGCAGAUAUUGUGGUUGAUGCAGAUAAUGUUUUAAUAUCUUUUAUGACGCUUUAUCGGCGAAUUUGCCAUUUUUCGGUAGUUCGAAGCAAUCAACUAUUAUCAGUUGAUGAAGAAUAUCAGAAACAAGCAAUUUACAUACGUACUUAUUUAGCCUUAAUGUUAAAGAGCUCUGAAAAUAACUCGUUGAUUAACAAAAUUUAUGAAGACAUUGUCAAAACGGUCCACAAUAUUGUAUUAUCUAGAGGCGAUACAACUUUCAAACCAUCCCAUCUUGUUCAUGAAUUGACGUCUUUUUGGCUGGAUAUCUCGAAUCCAAAACUGCGAGAAUCGCUGAUCUGUGUCCUGUGUAACUGGCUGGAAAACAAUAUUGAAUCUCAGCUCGUGCUUAUUCUUAUGCAGACUGUGAUAAAAUCACUUAGUCCUAAUUUGAUUCCAGUUGGCCUGAGGGUUAUUGAAAAGUGUAUUACCUGUUAUUUUUCUCGUAAGAUUUUUUAA